AUCGUGGUACUUCAAUUCUGGAGGAGCAAGCAGUCUCGCCUUCCCUUGAGCACUGGCCACUAUAGCUCUGUCCUCCCUUGAGCACUGGCCACUAUAGCUCUGUGUUCCCGUGUGCAGCAGCCACUAUAGUUCGUCUCCCGUGUAUAGAGGUUACUGGCUAGUUUCCCGUGUAUACCAGCCACUAGAUGACCUCCUGGGUGCACAGGCCACUAGCUCGACUUUCCCGAGUGCACUAGCUGGUCUCACGUGCACAGGCUACUAUAGCUGGUCUCCCGUGUGCACCGGCCACUAGCUGGUCUCACGUGCACAGGCUACUAUAGCUGGUCUCCCGUGUGCACCGGCCACUAGCUGGUCUCACGUGCACAGGCCACUAUAUCUGAUCUCCCGUGUGCACCGGCCACUAGCUGGUCUCAUGUGCACACAGGUUACUAGCUCGUCUCUAGUAGCCUAAUAAUAGUAGCCUCGUCUUUAGUGCACACAUGCCGUUAAAACUAUUUGUAAAUCGUUAUCACUGUAACGGAAUCGGGACAGAGAAUGUAACUUCAUUUAAACAUAAUUAAUAGUUCAAAUAAAAGAGCACACCAAGGCAUCAACAUCGAAAGACACAGCACCGCUCCUGUGCCAGAUAAGUCCACUACGGGCUCACCAUAGCCCGUGCUACUUGGAACUUGUUGCGAGUAGCUGAAUCUGUAACAACACCAACAGCAUCAACAUCAUCUGCGUGCCCCCAGACACGGCUAACAGAACACGCUAAAGGGAUAUCAGAAGAAUCUCACAAUGUCAUUUAAACGUGAAAGCGAUGACUACGUCCACCAUCGCCCCAAGGCUGGAAAGCCGCCAUCCCCACCACAGUUCACGUGGCUGGAGUGUGUGUGGAUGGUGGUGGUGUCGGUGUCAUACUUGGUGGGCUACUGCGUCCAGCUGAGCAUAGUGGUGGACAAGUACACCCAGGAGGAGCCCCCGCCAGGCUGCGGCCUCUACCUACUCUUCUUCCUCCUCCCGCACCUGGCGGCCGGCCUCAAGAACCUUCAGUACCACUUCCGCGAGGCCCGGGAGGAGGAGGGCGAGGACGGCGCCAUGGGAUGGGUCCUUGCCAUCGUCUGCCUCCCCUUCAGCCCCCUCAUCAGGUUCUCACGGGCGUGGAGAUUUGGUGUCGGGGAGAAGACUAAUUGGGAAGACGGCAUCAGGUAUGUGGACGAGAUGGUGACGGUGGGAGUCCUUAGGCUCUUCGAGGUGCUACUGGGCGACGCCCCGAUGCUCUGCCUCCUCCUCCGGGACGAUGUCUGGGGGCGCUCUUACGACUGGCGCGAGUAUUCCCAAGGUCCUCAAGACCUGCUACAGUGUGGUCCCCGGUGUGUUUUACAGCCCCAGAACCCCAUCACGUUCUGGAUAGUGUUCAGGAUGCUCUUCCUUCUCUCUAAGAUGGCCCAGUGUGUCACGUUCUACCUGGUCAUAGUGAAGCGUUUGCAGCGCUUGCAGCAGCCCCAAUAUUUCCAGCACCUCCGGGGUACCAACUCCAGACAAGGCCGGCUUCACUUCUUUGCUACCCUUGUCCUCUACCUCGCGCAUUUCUUCCUCAUCGGGUCACGGGUGACAGGAUACAGCAUGGUGGGCACAGCCUGGGGACCAUGGGUGUACUUCAUUGCUGGGACCCACUGGGUUGUUAAUACUGUCUGGCACCUUAUCUCUGUCCUCAAUUCCAGAGGUCUCACACCUGCCAGGUCAGUGUCUUCCUUGCUGGUUGGGGCAGUAUGGUUGAUUGCCCUCACUAACGAGCAGGGUGGGCGGCAACUGGGCAGAUUCAUCCUCUACUACAUGCUGGCCUUCUUCGAAACUGUCGCUUGUGGAUACCUUUGGAACUUUGCCAUGGCAGGUUCAGGGGAUUUUUUUGCUAAUAAGGCCCCGUGGUUUAUGUUGGUUAUAUUCAUGAUUGGACUGAUGCUUCAGAUAAUGUACUAUGCAAUAUGCCACCCAAGCAAGCCAAGCUUCACCAAACGUGGCCUCUUAUGUUGUUCAGGUGAUCGUCGAGACCCCAUUGACAGCGAUGAUGAAAGAAGAAUGUAAAAGAAAAGAGCAGAACCCUGGUAAAUAGGCUGACCAUAUUUCCUGGAGAGAAAAACGGGACACUAAUGGCAAAAACGGGUUAUGUAAUAUUCUAUGUUCAUGAAAAAGUAAGAUAACAAAGUUUUAUUAUAUAAACAUAUUGAGCUUACAAUUAUUCUUCAGAGAUAGAACCCAUCUAAAAUUUAGGUAGACAUAGAGGGGGGACCGUAUUUCACCAUGAUCAUACCACGAAUAUUUCUCCAACGAAGGAAUCUUACACAGAAAAUGUCGGUCUUUUCAGCAUCCUUAAGCUUCUGGCUACGUAAAUGUUGGAUGAUGUUGCUUCCAUCUCCAUGAGCAACGAAAAAAUGGACACUACAGUGUUGGCAUAUCAUUUUUGUUCCAUCAGUACACAGUUUGUCCAGUUUAAUAAAUUUGAAUUCCUUCUGGAGAUCGUCAUUAAAACUGCAGUUUCGCCGCUUUGACAUUACAAAGAUAUACUUAAAGCUUUAACUAAUGCUACAGCAGAACAGAUGCCACAUCUGAUAUGCGCAAAGGUUGCUAACUUGUAUUUUCUAUUUUCUGCGAAUUAAAUCACUGCCGAUAUUGACACUGUACUUGGUAUCGAACUCUGCUACUCUAUUGUUAUACGAAUUACUAGUAUCCAUGAUACUGACAUGUGAUAUACAUUAUGAAUAAUAAUUUAUGAUUGACCAGUAUUGAAGUAUAUUUAUAGUUUUGAUUAAAAACUGCACAUAUUGAAAUUUUUAUAAAAGCAAUGGGAUGGCCGGGAAAUAUUAAAAAAACAGGUACCGACCCUUUCACAAUAAUGAGUAUAGUCAGCCUGCUGGUAAAUGAAUUAUUAUAAUACAACCUUAUUCAACUCGUCCUGUGAACUCAUGUAUAUACUGUAAAUACUUUUUUGAUUUAGUGUGUUGUCAAGAAAUGUAUGGAAUAUAAAAUUAUGAACUUUAUAAUAAUGAAUAUAUUAUUCCGCAGAGGUAUAGGAUGUUUACGAUGAAUAUAUUACACUUUUCUACAAAUAAAAAUACAUAUACUCAGUACAUACCUUAAUACUGUAUAUAAAAUUUAGUAAACUAAGCCAUAGCCGACUUCAGCAAAAGUAUUAAAAAUGUUAGUACUGUAUAGCUAUAGUUUUGCUAUCUUGUAACAGACUUUUAGUAAUGACCAUAAAAAUCUAUGUCAUAUUCAGUGCUUAGAAAUAUAAAUGGUUAAAUUAAAACUAAGACAAUAAAUAUCAUUAUUUUUGUA